AUGGCGCCCAAGGGCUCGUGGUCCACUUCGUUCUGCGGGUUCUGGAACGACUUGGAUGCGUGUGCGCAAACUGCUGAGUAUGCUUCGAUCCACCCCCCCAAUGCGUUUGACGCCAUGGGCAACUCGUACUACCGAAGCCCCGCAGGGACGCCCGGUACAGCGGCUGUGGCCAAUGUGUAG